AUGAGUGCCAAAGAAGUUCUGGACAAAUUUCACGAGCAAAGCAAAUUAAUAGAAAAGCAAAUAGACAAUGCAGAUGUCAAUACUGAUUGGAAAUUGAUCAGGGACGAUAUCAAUAAGUUCAAACAAUGGGUGACCAAGGUAUAUGAGACUGGAGGCAUACCUCAGUACGAUUUAAAAAGAAUCACUAGCACAAUCGACUCCUGGGUAUUGUCUCUCGAUGACAAGAAACGCACCUUCAAUAAUAAGAAGUUCAAGUUCAGCUAUAAACCAGGCCGAGACAAUAGAUCGUCCUACGUCGAGUCUUCACAGCCUUCAACUUUUGGCACCCCGACUAUCAGUGAGAAAGAUGGAGCUAAGUGCAUUAUAGAAAAGGCACAUCAGGGUGUGUUUCUUUCUGAGAUCAAGAAUUCGGUGAUAGUAAUUCCGACAAAUAUGGCUGCCGGAGCUAUUACUUUGAAAAACUGUCACAAUUCGGCAUUCGUGAUACAUUCUGAGUCGUUUCUGUACGCAGAAGAGCUGACGAAUUGUAUCAUAAUUGGAAGAGCUCACCAGAUGAGACUACAUAAGUCUAAGGGUGUUUACCUUGACAUUCAGAUCGAGAGCACGCUCAACAAAAUCAUUAUCGAAGAAUCGACGUCCAUCAAAUUCGUUAACAGUCGCAAUGUUGAAAUAGAUGACUUCAAUGAGCCUUCAAAAGAGCGUCUGAAUUACGCAAUGGUGGACAAGCUGGUGAACGAAACGGAAAUUGCUGAAAUCCAGCUCGAAUCGCUCCCCAGCCUAAUCAAAUCCAUAAUAUAA